AUGUCGUUCUCAGACUACAUAAAGGAGGUGAGAGCAAUGUAUGUUCAGGCCGCUGUGCAAUCUGGAUUAUCGCCCCUAUGCGACGUUUGUCAAAACCUGGAUCUAUGGAAAACAGAGAACCGCCCAGAUUUCAAAUACUCGCUCGGACCCUGGAAGGAGAUUGAGCGCAAAGCUACUGUGUCGGGUCCUCGCUGCCCUUUUUGCGUGUUCAUGUACCCUAUAAUCAUGCGAGAAUAUAACCUUGAGCAGAAUCCAACUGUCUACAUCGAAUGGAAGAAGGAAGGAGGGUUCUUCAUGUUUACCCGUGGGCGGAAUAUCAGUUUUUUGACUGGACACACUCCUGGGUCGCCAUAUGGAUUCGCUCGCACAGUUGAACCCAGCAUUGAUCCUGGUCUUGUUAAGAAGUGGAUCACCCUCUGUGAAACGCAACACGGAGGGUCGUGCACCCCUCGACGAGGGAUCAUUCGAACGUCGGAGGAGGGAGUAGGGGUCAAGGUUCUUAGACUCGUGGAUACGGAAACUAACUGUAUCGUAGAAGCUUCCGGGGACCCUCGAUACCUCGCCCUCAGCUAUGUAUGGGGUCCAGGUCUCCCUGCUAUCCGUUUGACGAAAAACACAGUGAAAGACCUUAGUGGAAAGGGCGCAUUUGACAGGCAUCGCGAUAUAAUCCCGAAAACAAUUCGGGAUGCCAUUGAUUUGGUCCACAUGAUUGGAGAACGUUACCUCUGGGUUGACAGUCUUUGUUUAAUCCAGGAUGACGAGGCGGAUAUGCUGGACGGAAUCAACCAUAUGGACCUCGUAUAUCAGUGUGCACUGGCUACAAUCAUUGCCUCUCACGGAGAACACUGCAAUGCAGGGCUACCAGGCGUACAUCCAGGUUCUAGAACGGUUUCUCAGAACAUUACUGAGGUACUACCUGGAAUAUCCAUGACGGAGACAGAAGGUGUUUAUGACUCAAUGAAAGGAGUAUACAGAACUCGUGGUUGGACACAUCAAGAACUCGUCCUCUCCCACAGGGCACUCAUCUUCACAGAAAACCGCAUCCAUUUCCGAUGCCGUGCUAACAGCUGGUGUGAAGACACUAUCUACGACCAGUUCCCUUUAGCCGUCAACGAGGUCCUUCACUCAGGCGGUGGAAUAGAAUUUAUGGAUGAUAAUGAAAACAGCCCUUUGUCAUCCUAUGUCAAACAACUCUUUUUAUACGUUGGUCGUAAUCUAACGAAGGAGUCGGAUACCAUACAUGGAUUCACAGGGAUACUACGAUUUUUGUCGGGCCGUUGCAAGACUGGAAUCAUUGAGGGAAUGUUCACGGCAGCAUUUGACGUAUGCAUUCUUUGCUGGAACAACUUUCCACGCGGCGUGAAUGAUGUAGGCCGUCGAGCGGGAUUUCCUAGCUGGUCCUGGGCCGGGCACCGUGGAAUGCGAGAUGGGUAUGGCCGCAAGUGCACGGACCCAGCGUCUGUUAACCAAUGGCUUCAAAAACAAACCUAUAUUGUCUGGUACGUUCGCAGCCCAGAAACGUAUGCGCUGGACCUAGUAUGGGACCUCGAAUCACAGGCAAAAUACGGGAUACCUGAGGCUAGCGAUAUCACAUACAGGCCAACUGCAGAGGACCCGUACGGGCGAUGUGCAUCGGAAAUUCAAGCACAUGGAAAUCAAACCAAGCCGAGAAUUGGAAAUAGUCAGAGGGAUCUUAUCAUCCGAGCGGAAUUGGACAAGAGAAAAUACCACUUCAUUCACUUCUUUGCGUAUACGGUCCGCGCCUAUGGCUUUGGACCUCCACCGCAAAGCUCGGACUGGGCAAUGGUCCACCCACUGUUAGACCCCCAAAGGCGUCAGAUCGGGUCUAUCAAGUUUGAUAUUCAGACCAAACCUGAGAUGAAGAAAAACAAACAUGAGCUGGUCAUGCUCUCAAAGAUGGAUCAGUAUGAUGACUUCUUCAAUGACACGAUUACAUUUGAGAGGCCUUUUUAUUGGGUUAUGCUGAUUGAAUGGGUUGGUACGAAGAAGGUUUUAGCGGAGAGGCGAGGUAUUGGGUUAAUUUUUCAAGAUUGUAUGGAAUAUGUUCUUUCUCCGGGAAAGGUAUGGAAGGAAAUUGUUCUGGCCUAG